UUUCGAGGGACUGAUCAUCCGCGAAGCCUUCCAUCGUCUCUUGCAAUCGUGAUUCUACCGAAGCAGCUGUUGCACAUUCUUCGACCCUUUUGACGUGGGACUAAGUAUUUUGGACUUGGAGGUCGCGAUCGAGAGGAGUGAGCGAGCAGGAGCGAUUAGGUUUCCGAGCGAGUGAGCGAGAGAGAGCGCGAUGGCGAUCCCGUUGUGUGUGCAGUGUGGAACGCACCAGAACCCGUGUCGGUGCAAGAUCGUGGGCCCGACGCUAGGAGUGGUGGCGUUUCUGGUCACCGCCGUGGUGGAGUGGCCGUUGGGCGUUGCGUUGUACUGCUUUAGAAAACAGAAGGCGCGUCGUCUGCUGCACCACCCCAACCGCGUCGUGUACCCUCGAGUCUCGGGCGCCAUCCCCUUCUAAGCUCUGAGCUAGCGAGAGCGAUUCAGUCUCAUCCCUCUACGAUUCUGAAGUAGUGCAGCUCUUGUCGAGGCCCACGAGCAAUGGCCUUGCCAUCUCCAUGUUCUGUCACCCUGAGAUUUAUCACUGCGGCUGAUUUUUGAACCACAGAUCACGAUUUUAUGCGGCAACGCAAAAUGUACAUAUUGUUAUUUAGAGAGACGAAUAAAAUUGCAUUGUUAUCUUCAUUCCGCGACUUCAAUCGUGUCAUUGGAGUCGUCA